ACAGUGAACCGACUCACAGGGAGACAAUGCAAGCCCUAAGCGCCUCUUCCCGCGGAUUUAUGCGUGCCACGAGGCGGUUCGUGGCCAAGGCCCCUGCAUCCGCGCCAUGCGCCACGUCUCGACAACUAUCUGCAUCUUGCAUGCUACGUCUCAGUCCGGCCUCAAAUUUGGCCGCAGCAGCUCGUCGUAGCUUUGCCUCGUCGCCUCCCCCUGGGAACGAGGACUCGCAUGACGAUUUUAAACCCCAGCGGUCAUCCCCCCCGGCAGACUUGGACGGCGCUAUCAAGAUGAUCGCGGAGCAAGUGAAGAAACACCAAAUUAUGCUGUACAUGAAAGGCACGCCGGCUCGGCCCCAGUGUGGGUUCUCUGCGCAGGCCGUCCGCAUUUUGCACGCUUCUGGAGUUGACUUCGACUCGGUGAACGUACUGGACUAUCCCAUGAUCCGCGAGGGCGUCAAAAAGUAUUCGGAGUGGCCGACAGUGCCGCAGCUCUUCGUGGGAGGGGAGUUCGUCGGGGGGUGUGACAUCAUGACCUCCCUCUUUCAGUCCGGAGAGCUGGCCCAGAUACUCGAGGAGUCGGCCAAGAAACAGCAGAAAGAGGGGGAGUCUGCGCCAUGAUGCGGAAAGGCCAGGGAGGAGGGCGGGGAAGGAGAAGGGAUGGCGGGGGCCGUGGAGUGACUGGGCUUUCGGUAGCCGGGGUGUACACAACGACGGGGGGUGCACGCGCCAUGUGGGUGAGAGGGGCGACGUUGUGGAAGGCAUGGGGGCGAGGGAAGAAAAGCAAAGAAGCAAAAAGAAGGGCGUGUGGGCGUGAGCCGGCUCUCU